GGAAAUACGUCAUUUCAAAUCGGCUUAGACCGGAAGUUUGUCGUGUUGUAGGUGCCGCGGUGGUGGAGUGCGCGGAGGAAAAUUCACAGAGCUACGUCAGCGCUGAUGGGGGACGAGAAAGACACCUGGAAGGUGAAAACACUGGAUGAGAUUCUUCAGGAGAAGAAACGCAGGAAGGAGCUGGAAGAAAAGUCUGAUGCAAAGCGUCAGAAAAUUGUGGAAGAACGUGAAGCCAAACGGGACACCCCAGAGGAGGGUGAGCUCCGAGACAACAGAAUGGAAAUAACGAUCCGGAACUCGCCAUACAUUAGGGAGGAUUCCACAGAGGACAGAGGGGAGGAGGAUGAGUCGCUGGCCAUCAAGCCCCCACAGCAGAUGGCACGGAAGGACAAGUCACACCACAGGAAGGAGGAGAAGCGGAAGGAGAAGCGGCGGCGGCGCAGUCACUCUGCAGAGGGAGGGAAGCACAUGAGGUCCAAGGACAAGGAGAAGGAACGUGAGAACGAGCGGCGCAAGCGGCAGCGCGAGGAACAGGACAAGGCGAGGCGUGACUGGGAGCGGCAGAAGCGGAGGGAGCUGGCGCGUGCACACUCACGCAGAGAGAGGGCUUCUGGGAGACGUCCUGACAGGCUGCCCCCCUGUUCCCCCCUCACCAUGGCCCGCAGGGACCGCCUGGAGCAACUGGAGCGACAAAGGGAGCGAGAGCGCAAGCUUAGGGAGCAGCAGCAGAAGGAGCAGCGGGAGCUAAAGGAGCGAGAGAGAAGGGCGGAGGAGCGCCGCAAGGACAGGGAGGCGCGCAGGGAAGUGCCGUCCCACCACCGCGGGAUGGCCGAUGAAUAUGGGGAGAAGUCCCGACAGGGUCACCGUAGCCGCAGCCCCAGUAGGCAGCAGCGCGAGCGGCUUGACCACCCCGAUAGCCGGAAACCAGUGGUGAGAGAAGAGAAACCUGAGGACAGAGACCUCUUAUCAGACCUACAGGAUGUCAGUGACAGUGAGAGGAAGACUAGUACAGCAGAGUCUUCCUCAGGAUCGGGUACAGGCUCUGAGGAGGAGGAGGAAGAAGAAGAAGAGGAGGAGGAGGAAGAGGAAGAAGAAGAGGAGGAAGAAGAGGAGGAAGACACCAGUAGUCAGAGCGAGGGCGAGGAGAUGGAGUCUGCCUCCAACUCACAGGGAUCCGCACAAAGCGCAGAUGAGGUGAGUGAGGAAGAGCACUCAGAGGAAGACUACCAGGACGAGCGGGAGAAUGGGAACCACGUUUCUGCUGAUCCUAUAACAGCCAUGGUUCUCUUUCCGCCAUGGCGUUCAGUCCCAGAAUCCCGCUUCGACCGUGACACGGAGGGCAGCGUGGAGGAGGAGGAGCCUGAGGAGGGCGAGCCCACGCCUCCCAGCCACUCCCGCUCCCCCACUCCCGAAGAAAGCUAUGUACCCGACUCUCCCCCCAUCUCCCCUGUGGAGCUGAAGAAGGAGCUGCCCAAGUACCUGCCUGCACUGCAGGGCUGUCGCAGUGUGGAGGAGUUCCAGUGCUUGAACCGGAUAGAGGAAGGCACGUAUGGUGUGGUCUACAGAGCCAAAGACAAGAAGACAGAUGAGAUUGUGGCCCUGAAGAGGCUGAAGAUGGAGAAGGAGAAGGAGGGCUUUCCCAUUACCUCGCUCAGGGAGAUCAACACCAUCCUGAAGGCCCAGCACACUAACAUAGUGACAGUUAGGGAGAUUGUUGUUGGGAGCAACAUGGACAAGAUCUACAUUGUGAUGAACUAUGUUGAGCAUGACCUCAAGAGCCUAAUGGAGACCAUGAAGCAGCCAUUUCUACCAGGUGAGGUGAAAACCUUAAUGAUUCAGCUGUUGCGAGGUGUCCGCCAUCUGCACGACAACUGGAUUCUGCAUCGGGACCUGAAGACGUCCAACCUGUUACUCAGUCAUAAGGGGAUACUGAAGGUGGGGGACUUUGGCCUGGCGAGGGAGUACGGCUCCCCCCUGAAGCCAUAUACCCCAGUGGUGGUGACGCUGUGGUACCGGGCUCCUGAGCUCCUGCUAGGUGCCAAGGAGUACUCCACAGCUGUGGAUAUGUGGUCCGUAGGUUGCAUCUUUGGGGAGCUCUUGACCCAAAAGCCCUUGUUUCCUGGAAAAUCAGAAAUCGACCAGAUUAAUAAGAUCUUUAAGGAUUUGGGGUCACCGAGUGAGAAGAUCUGGCCAGGCUAUAACGAGCUUCCUGCUGUGAAGAAGAUGACCUUCACCGAGUAUCCCUACAACAACCUCCGCAAGCGCUUUGGGGCUCUGCUGUCUGACCAAGGUUUUGAUCUCAUGAACAAGUUCCUAACUUACUGUCCGGCCCGGAGGAUCUCUGCAGAUGAGGCACUCAAACACGAAUACUUCAGGGAGACGCCACUGCCCAUCGAACCCGCCAUGUUCCCCACGUGGCCGGCCAAGAGCGAGCAGCAGCGUGUGAAGCGUGGAACCAGCCCCCGGCCCCCAGAGGGCGGCCUGGGCUACAGCCAGCUGGGAGAUGAUGACUUGAAGGACACUGGCUUUCAUCUGACCACCACGAACCAGGGAGCAUCUGCAGCCGGACCUGGGUUCAGCCUGAAGUUCUGAUACGGGCUUUCAGACACUGACUGACGUGAUGGAGUUCCCAUGGCACCUUCUGUCUCGUGGGUGGGGGAUGGACUCGUUCUGAGAGAAGCCGCUGAUAAAGGCACCCAUGUGACUGAGAGACACUGGACGCCAUGGAGAAGAUGCCCGUUGCUUGUUCUCGGUGAGAAAGCAGAAAAGACUAUUUUUAAGACUGAGAGUGAGUUUAUUUCACUCCGAAGUUCCUCCUGAUGAUUCCAGGGAGGGAAUCUUGCUGAUUUGUUCUGAGUGACGCCCAGGAGGAAGGUCCAGUUAAAAGCUCCUUUCUUUCCCUUUCAUGUGAGCAGGUAAUCCCACCCUGUCCAGAUGUAAGAAAUGUUUUGCCCCAAUAUAAACUCCUAUUGCGUCUGGACUACGCGUUCAUCUCAUGCUUGUGACAUCGGACCCCUGCAGCUGUAGGUUAUCAGAAGUUCUCUGGAAUUCAACAACCGGGACUAUUGUCUCUUUGGUAGAGAGAACUGGUUUGUUUUAUUUUUCCUUUUACUACCAGCUGAUUUUUUUUAAAAAAAACUAAAUUUUCACUUCACCGUGGUGAUCCUGUACUAGGUAAUAGGUUGAUAAACCGACGAUGAAGUGAAAUGAUCUAUCCAUUUAAUUCCGACCAGGGGAUUGAUUUGGAAGAUGUUAUUCUUAAAAUAAAAUUAUCUUUGACACUUA